GCGAAUGGUCAAUUAUGCAAAUCACAUAGCGACUUUUCGGACAGCCAAUAGCUAAUUUCCUUACUGAGGCGUUGGCAACCCCGGCUCCCGGCCUGAUCAGUAGCUACUGAGGGAAAAUGGUGGACUUGGCAAAAGCAGCGUGUUCAGAACUCCGUCCCAAACAUUUGAAAAAACAUUUACCGUCUCAACGUGGCAUUAGGUAUAGAUUACCCGGGGACAAUCAUAGAUAAUACAUUGUGAAAACCGUUGAGGGAAGUGAUUUUCCCCACCGGACAAGCCUUUAUUCCAGAAUUGGAGAGUCGCGGAACGUGAAGGAGGUGGUUGGUGCGAGGAAAGGACGCUAGCCAUCGCCGGCUAAGUGCGACGAAGCUGUCCAAUCAAAUCUGCGAGGAGCGGACUUCGCAGUUUGACUGAAAGCAAGCUAACCCGAGCUAGUUAGCCCGAGUUAGCUUUCUUGCGAACUGGUGUAUCAGCGCUGCUCGAAAUGCCACGGAGUAAAAAGGGGAAACGUGGCUCCGGUAAGCCGGGUGUUAAAAAUGGGGUGAAGGGAGAGUCGGGUGCCAGCGAUGAUGAGCUGACAUCUGAUAUUCUCAGUCACUACAGCAGUGCCAGCGAAAGCACGUCUGUACUGGAAGAGAGCACAGGUGGUGAGCAGGUGGAUGAGCAGACUGCCCAGGAUGAAACAGAGGACAAACUCAAACACUGUAUAGACAACCUGAUGGAUAAGAGCGCUAAGACCCGUCUCGCAGGCCUUGAGUCUUUACGGCAGGCCUUCUCCUCCAGAGUGUUGUACGACUUCCUGACGGAGAGACGCCUCACUAUCAGUGACUGCCUGGAAAGAAGCCUUAAGAAAGGCAGUGGAGAGGAACAGGCAGCGGCGGCCACAGUCUUCGCCCUGUUCUGUAUCCAGCUGGAGGGUGGAGAUGAGGCAGAGGAGGGCUUCAAGAUGCUUCGCCCCAUCCUCACCACCAUCUUAAAUGACAACAGCGCCAGCAUAGCAGCUCGCCACAGUUGUGCCAGAGCUCUGGGGAUGUGCUGUUAUGUCUCUGCUGCCCAAAACGGAGAGGAUUUGAUCAAGUCAUUGGCCCUUCUGGAGAGCAUCUUCAUGUCUUCAUACCCCAACAGAGAAGGAACGCUGCCCACACCCAAACCUGGGAGUCCAGUGCUCCACAGCACCGCCCUGCAGGCCUGGUCACUACUGGUCACCCUCUGUCCCGCAUCUAGACUGACUGUGUUGCUCGACCUUCACCUCCCCAAGCUCCAGGCGUGUCUGCAAAGCAGUGACGUUAACUACAGGAUCGCAGUGGGAGAGACCAUUGCCCUGUUGGUGGAGCUGGGGCGAGAUAUAGACGAGGAAUUCAAGGUGGAGGACACUGAAAGUUUGUGUGAAUGUCUGAAGAGUUUAGCCACAGAUGGCAACAAACAUCGAGCCAAGAAUGACAGAAGAAAACAGCGCUCCAUCUUCAGAGAGGUGCUACAUUACAUAGAGAACGAGGACUUCACAGAGGAGAAGAUCAGGUUCGGAGUGGAGAGCGUUUACAUCGACAGCUGGAUGAGGAGAAGAAUCUAUGAUGCCUUCAAAGAGAUCCUGGAGUCUGGAGUUAGACACCAUCUACAGUUUAACCCACUACUGAGAGACAUCUUUGGUCUUGGUGCUCCCCUUGUCCUGGAUGCCACGGUUAAAGGCAGCAAGAUCUCGCGGUUUGAGAAGCAUCUUUUCAACUCUGCUGCCUUCAAGGCCAGGACGAAACAGAGGAACAAAGUCAGGGACAAACGUGCUGAUGUCAUGUAAGAGAUGAGGACGGAGUGAACGGAGGAGUGAGGAACUUGUUCGGCUGUACUGAGGCUGAUGCAAAUCAAUGCCUUCAACAGCUGUCAGCCUUGAACUCUCAAUAGGGCUUUUUCACCUGCGGUUCAAUUCUCCAGAUUCAAGAUUGGCCAUUUAUCCUUAGCUCAAAGUGGACACCAGCUGUGAAACAACACAUCUUUUUUAUGUAGGAUGGAAACCACACAGGAGAGUCGAUAUUGUGCACACAUAAAAUGGGAUACUCAGAUAUCGGAAAUCAAUGUUAUCAGUGAAAAUAUUGUCUCGUUAUAAGAAUCAAAUGUUUUGAAGCUUCAUGGAACACCACUGAAACCCUCUGUGGUGUUGAUGCAUAUUGUUUGUGAUACACAGCUUGAAGUGCUGCCCUGUGCUUUGACAGCUCAGUCAAAUCUCACUUGUCUGUCUUUACACCCAGAGUUGAUACUACAGCUGCCAAAACAGAAACCCACUAUGAACAGUGCAGCUCAAAAAAAUGUGUGUGGUGUUUGUGUGUUUUAUCUGAAUUUUAUUUACCACCAUGACAUGAAACACUUAAGAAUAUGCCUAAUUAAAAAAAAAAGAAAUCAAAGUUAAUAUUGACAUCUUUGUAUGAAUUUUUUGAGGAGAAAUAUUUGAACCACUUCUGGUGGAUAAUUGUAUUUUACUUUCUAAUUUAUUAAGGGAGCAGUACUGUGUGAUUUUUAAUAAACUUAACGCUAAGACCUGUUUACAAUUAUACAGUGAACAUGACAAGAAUUUCUAUUUUUGUUUUCAUGUGUAUUUUUAAUGCAGGGUUCUGGGCCAUAUGAUCUGUCGAUGUGUAUUGCAGCUAUACUGUACAUAGGGAUUCAUGGAAAGACCAGUACUAAAUACAUACAGGCUGCUAACCAGAGCUACUGAUCAGAAGACUUUGGCGGUGCUGCUGUUUUUACUAGUGGUCAUGUUGGCAUCUAAAACCCACUGUGCUUCUGACUGUGGCAGCAUCACGUUUAGUGUUUUGGCACUUAGCUGCCUAGAUGUUUCAGUGACUUACUGAAAAGUUCUCUGAAGAUCUAGCAUUUUCCCAGUUUUACCCUCUGAAUGAAAGGGAUAUUACAGCUUUAACUGUCAGUAGUUCUGGUGCUAAGGUGCAUGGGCAGGAGAUGGAACAAAUGCAAUAAAAGUAUUUGAGCACUUUCUUUGUCUUUUGUAAUUCCACUAAGACCGGAUUUGGGGAAUAAGGCUUUAGUGGGGAAAAAUGCAUUUUAAUCAACA